UUUUUUUUAAUUGAAUUCUUUCAAAUAUUUGAAAGAAUUUAAAAACGAAAGACCAAAACAAAAGUUUUAACAUUCUUGAAAAAAAAAACCUUUUUUUUCAAACAAAACGAACAAAAAAAAAAAUUAAUUUUUUGUUCAAACUCGAAAUUCAACGCUUUCUCGGAAAAACAAAUUCGGAAAAUCAAAUAAAUUAAAUCAAAUUUAUUUUUUAAAGCUUUUCAAUUUUCUCCGACUUUAUAAAAAUGCCUUCAGCUAGUAACAACAACAUCCCUACCAGUUUACCAAAGACAAUGAGAGAAUACGAAGUUCUCGUUAUUCCUUCAUCUCCAACCAGUCCAACUGGACAAUAUCAUCAACCUCAACCUCAACAACCCAUGCUUAGAACUAAAAGGAUCAAUUGUAACCAGACUAAUGGUACCAUCUUUUGGAUUCCUGAUGGAUACAGACCUGUAUUAGUACGUACCUCUGAUUUACCUUUACUUGUAGGUGCUGAGUAUAAUUUACCAUCACCAAGUAAUUCUACUGGUUAUACGAGUUCGGAUGAUUCCAAUUAUUAAAAAAAAAAAAUCAUAUUCUCAGAAAAAAAAAAAUUUAUUUCAAAAUUUUGUUUAAAAAAAGUAUUUACAAUUUUUUUUUUUUGAGAUUUCUUUGAUAGAUAUUUAAAAAAAAAAAACCUUUCUUUUAUAAAAACCUUCAUAACAAACAUUAAUUCCGUAUAUUUAGUAUAUAAUUGUUUUUUUUUUCUCAAAUCAAAAGACGUUGCUUUCAAUAUUACAAUAUUCCUUGAUUAUAUAUCAAAUAUCAAAGAAUCACAGUUAUAUCUAAACAUAAAUAUAUAUAUAUAUCUUUUUUAUCAAUUCUUUCCGUUUCAAUUUAUAGAAUUUGUAGAUAUUGUUUAUUUUUAUUCCCCCCUUUUUUCUUUUUUAAAAAAACACAAAAAUUUCUUUAUAUUGUAAAUCUUUUUUUUUUUAAAGAAAAAAAUUCUAAAAUAACAAAAAAAAAAAAAAAA